CCCGUGUCCUUAUUUGAUUUGACUGGAAAGCUCGUCCCUGACGAGAGUAUCGUAACCGAAAAUAGCAAAACAGAAUUGUGACGUCAAGAUCCGAUCCAAAAUGGCGAGCUCAAACGGAUUGUUUCCAUCAACUCUCUUCAAAUUUGACAAUUUGGAACGACCAGUACAGCUCCACCUUCAAAAUGUCUAUGCCACUUUGGGCAUAGGGAUGCUGUCGGCUGCUGUUGGUGCCUACGUUCAUCUCUUUACAGAGAUUCUGCAGGCAGGACUCCUGACAACCAUUGCAGCAAUCUGCCUGUUGAUUUGGCUAGCAAGCACACGCCAUGCUAAGGAAAAUUUGAACAUGCGCAUGGCCAUAUUUACAGGAUUUACUUUCUGUUCAGGUGUGUCACUGGGCCCCCUUCUUGACUUGGCCAUUACAAUUGAACCAAGCAUUAUUGCCACUGCUCUGCUUGGCACAGCAGUUGUGUUCAUCAGCUUCAGCUUGGCUGCCCUGUACAACAACCAACGCACCUACUUGUACAUGGGAGGGUUUCUUAUGUCAGCUUUGUCCUGGCUUCUGAUUCUUUCCAUUGGAAAUCUUUUCUUUGCCUCGAGACUUCUUUUUGAUAUAAACCUCUAUGCAGGCCUAUUCCUCUUUUGUGCCUUUGUUCUGUAUGACACCCAGCUCAUUGUGGAGAAGCGUCGUCAUGGAGAUGAUGACUACAUCUGGCACUCUGUGGAUUUGUUUCUGGACUUCAUCAAUAUUUUCCGCAGGCUGAUUAUCAUCCUUUCAAGAAAGGAGAAUGAGAAAAAGAAGAGGAACUGAAGCGUACCUUUGCAAGUAUUGUUCAGAUAUUCUCCAGCUGCAGAGUACUCUACACCAGUGCUCAGAAGAUGCUUUUUCUCUUUUUUGUGUCCUGUGCAGCUGCAUGUUGUUUUGUGCAUGGCAGUGUCUUUACCGAAUUUUGUCACAAAAUGGUGAUGGACAGUUUAGUUCAGCUGUGAAUUUUUGUCUUUAAAUGAGGAUUUGAUGUGACCAUAUCCUUCUACAAUGGAGAUAGUGGAUUCUUUAUAUAAAAAAAAAAUUGUUUUGAAGCACUUGUCAGUCUCAUGGUACCUGUUUUGAAAUUGUUGUCAAGCAACUGCAUGUAGCAUUUAGGUGUUAAUAACAAUUUUAUGCCAUUGCUGAAUGAAUGUGAUGUAAUUGGUAUAUAAUCAUAAUUAUCCAGUAAUUCAGCACUUAUAAAGACUAUCAGUCAAUAACCAUUGUAAUGCUGUUGUAAACAGAGGGCAUCUUAGAUACAUUCACCAGCAAAAAAAAAAAAUUUUUUUUUUGUGUGUGAUCAGAGGGGGUAGUAAGCAAAACAUCAACUUAGUGUUUUAAUGUUGAGUUACCUGCUGAUAGGGGGGAUCAUUUUCUUGGGUCUCGUUUUUGCCUCUGGAAUUGGGGAAAACCCGUUUCUGGCUUUUCACUUUACAUAAAUUUAGACGUGUUAAGAACUUAAAUGUUUUCCCCUAUAAAAAAAAUGUAUUGAAAUGAACAUUACUACCCAAGAUUUUCAGUUUUUAUUAUGCUCCCCACUUCGGAUGAACAGAUUAACGAUGAUAAACACAUUUUUCCAUGGUAAUUGUAGUUACUGUGUAAUUUCUACAAAUAAAUGUUUCUGUACUAAA